AUGAAGGUGAAGAUCACCGGGUUGGAUGGCGGCGACGCGCAGGCGGCUGCGGAGUACGAUGAUGGCGGCGAGUAUGACGGCAUACCGCAGGAGUUUGUCGCUCCGCCUCCGAAGGAGCGGCGCACGCAGCGGACGCUGGCCGCCGGGCUGAUGGAGUCGACCGCGGACGGCGCGGACGACACGAGCGGCUGCAGAGACUUUCGGCGCGAGCUGGAGCUCAAGCAGCACGCGGCGUCGCGGCCUCUCUGGGUGUGUCCCGACGGCCGGAUUGUGCUCGAGGCGUCGUCGCCCGUCUAUGCGCAGGCGCUCGACCUGCUCGUCGCCAUCUCGGAGCCCGUCUCUCGGACGCGGCACAUGCAGGAGUACCAGCUGACGCAGUACUCGCUGUACGCGGGUGCCUCGAUGGGGCUCCGCACACAGGACAUCACCGCCGGCCUCGAGCGCUUCUCAAAGUGCGGCUUGCCCGAGGAGGUCCGCGCGAUGGUCGCCGAGUGCACAGAGCGCUACGGCAAGGUGAAGCUCAUCCUGCGCAACGACCGGUACUACAUCGAGUGCCCUGGCGACGGCGCCGCCUUCGAUGCGCUGCUGCACGACGCGCAGAUCGCCGAGAUGCGCGACGACAAGAUCGGCGACCUCAACUUUCUGAUCGGCCCGAAGCUGUACGAGGCCAACUGGCUGGACCUGCAGGCGAAGGGCUUCAUCGCCACCGUCUCGUGCGCCGAGGUCUGGUGCCCCAUGACCGCAGAGUUCUUUGCUGAGUACCUCCGCCAGCCGGUCGCCGUCGGGAGGCAGCUCUACGCGAUGAACCCGAGCAAGUUCCGUGCGUGCGAGUACCUCGUCCGCUUCCACGAGGCGCGCGGCGACAAGGUGAUUGUCUUCUCGGACAACGUCUUCGCCCUCAAGAAGUACGCCAUCAAGCUCAAGCGGCCGUACAUUUACGGCCCGACCCCGCAGCACGAGCGGAUGAUGCUGCUCGAGAAGUUCAAGUCGACGAGCGAGUGGAACACGCUCUUCAUCUCCAAGGUGGGCGACACCUCCAUCGACCUGCCCGAGGCCAACGUCAUCAUCCAAGUCGCCUCCCACUUUGGAGCGCGGCGGCAAGAGGCGCAGCGGCUUGGCCGGAUCCUGCGUCCAAAGGCGCGGCGCGCGUCGGAGAUGUUCUACUCGACCAAGCGGCAGCAGUUCCUCGUCGACCAGGGCUACGCCUUCAAGGUGAUCACCAACCUGGUCCCCGACGGGCAGGACGAGCUGCUCUACUCGACGCAGCGCGACCAGCUCGACCUGCUCCGCGAGGUGCUUACCGACGCAACUUCGGCCGAGGCGCAAGCCGAGGACGCCCGCGAGGCGGCCGAGGUGGAAAAGGACUCUGGCGGCGCGGCGGUGUACGGAGGAGGCGGCGUGUCGCGGAAGCGCGCGUCGAUGAGCGAGCUCUCGGGCGGCGACGGCCUCACUUAUGCGGAGACGAGCCGCAGGAGCGCGCCGGCGGGGCCGAGCCAGCGGCACGGCGUCUUCAAGCAGAUCGACAAGGCGCGGCAGCAGCAGCGCGGCGGGAGGCAGGCGAAAGCGAUGGGCUGCGGCACGAGCAAGCCGGGCCUGUUUUACGAGGAGAAGCUGAAGCAGUGGCGCAAGCGCGGCGGCGGCGACCUGGAACCGGUCCUCGCGAGCGGCGCCGUCGCCCUCCUCGACGCGCAGUGGAUCAUCCGCCACGCCGAGGCGGGCGGCGUCCUCACCCACCGCCAGGCGCUGCCCGAAGAGGCCUUCCUCUCUUUCGCCGACCUCGUCGAGGCGACCACGGGUGCUGGUGGGCUUCCCGUCGCCGCGCUCUCCUACCCGUGGCUGACCAAGGACCACCCCGACCCGCGCGGAGCCAACCUCUCCCGCGUCGCGAGGGCGCUCAAGGCCCUGCUCACUAACAAUGACGGCAGAAUCACGCGGCUCGGCGUGUUUUGGGACUUCGGCUCGCUGCACCAGCACCCCGACCCCCCCAACGGCGUCCUGCGCACCGAGGAGCAGAACGCGCUCUUCAAGCAGGGGCUGAGCUGCCUCGGCACGCUCUACUCCCACCAGCACUUGUUCGUGCUGCGGCUGACCUCCUUCCCGGACGGCCACAAGGCGGAGGACCAGCCCGAGGGCACCAACGUGGCCAAGUACGUUGACCGCGGCUGGUGCUUCACCGAGCAGUGCUGGGCUGGCUUGACAAAGCCUUGCGCCCUCUCGCUCGACCUCAGCAAGAUGAGCGACGGCGUGGA